UAGCAGGCUGCAAGUAUGUGAAUUGGUGCUUCGUGAUGUAGUAGUAGUGGAGCUUCUGAUAACAAAGUAAACCCUUAAUUGGUAGUCUAGACUCCUAAAAUGUCGUUUAUGAUAAAGAUCCCUUCAACUGUCUACAGUUAAGCCUAACGUGAGUCUAUUAUUUAUCUUCAGUCUGUGUACAGUUAACGUGCUCAGUCAGUGUCUAGCAUAGAUGCCUUACCUAAACUUUAAAGAUGUGCAAACCGUGCACACCGUUAUGCAUUCACGUAAAGUAUGUUACUUAUGCCUAAAAUAAAAAGAACAAGAUGAAUAGAGCAUGCGUGGGUAAGAUCGAAAAUCCUAACUUAACGGGUGUGGCCACAAGUAGAAUUCAGGUUAGUAGGGCUGGGGUGUGAACCUUAACAGGUAAUAAAGGUUGAUGUUAAUAUUAUUCCAAUGAUGAAGAAAUUACCGUUGCCUAGUUCCUUGAGGCCGGUUAGAGAUCCAGGGAAGAUAGUGAAGUAUACACCUUGCUCAAAGCAAGAUCAUCAACUGGACGAUGACUUAGACGAAAUAGCUGUAGUGAGUAACGCCGCACCUGAGAAUGUCAAAUAUGGCACAGGUAACGUUACAGCUAACGGACCAAGGGUGGUUCCGGGUAUUAUCACUUCGGGUGGCGAGUUAUCGAGACUUGUAGCAGAAAAGAGCACGAGUAACAUUAGGAUACACACGUCUUCUCCGCUAUAUUCGACUAAAUCUUCUGAAGAUCUAAAAUCCAAAAGCGCCUCACGUCAAUCCUUAUUAGAUUCUGUUAAUAGUAAAGCAACCGAUGGUGAUUCUAAGCGAAUUUCUAAUGAAUUGAUGGCAGCUUACGUCAACAAAGCACACGUGAGUUCUGAUUUAGAGAUUUCUCGAAAGACUAGAGAAUUGAGGAGAAAAGAAAUAAAAAGAGAAUUCGAAAAAUGGGAAACUUCUACCUCCGGUAGUGAAAAGACUGGUUGUAAUUGGUCGUUCGUCUUCGAUCCUUCUGGAAGAUUGUGUUAUUAUUGGUCUAUGAUUGUUAGUGUUGCUUUCCUUUACAAUUUUUGGGUUAUGAUAUAUAGAUUUGCAUUUCAAGAAAUAACUAAAGAAAGUUUAGUGGCUUGGUUUACGCUCGACUACUUAGCCGAUCUUCUUUACAUUUUGGAUAUUGGUUUUCAUUUUAGGACCGGAUAUUUAGAAGAAGGUGUAUUACAAACAGAUUCUACCAAACUCAGACAACAUUAUAUGAAUUCUACUAUGUUUUAUAUUGAUUGUUUAUGUUUACUCCCACUAGACGUUCUAUACUUAUCCAUAGGAUACUAUUCAGUUUUAAGAUGUUUCCGCUUAGUUAAGAUCUACAGAUUUUGGGCAUUUCUAGAUAGAACCGAAAGGCAUACAAAUUAUCCCAACGUUUUCCGUUCUAUAUCAUUAAUUCACUAUUUAUUGGUUAUUUUUCACUGGAAUGCUUGCCUUUAUCACAUUAUAUCAACUAAUGGCGGCUUCGGAUCAAGAAACUGGUUUGAUUUAAGAGACGAAAGGUGCGACGACGUCGUUUGUAAAUAUCUUCACGCUUUUUAUUGGAGUACACUAGCACUUACUACAAUUGGUGAUCUACCGGCACCACGUACUAAAGGAGAAUAUUUAUUUAUUGUGUUACAACUAGUUUUUGGAUUAUUUCUAUUCGCUGCAGUUCUUGGACACGUUGCAAAUAUCGUCACCAAUGUUAGUGCCGCUAGAAAAGAGUUUCAAGCUAAGUUAGAUGCUGUUAAAAUUUAUAUGAGGAUGCGUAGAGUAAACGAUAAUCUUCAGAAUAAAGUCAUUAAAUGGUUUGAUUAUUUGUGGAUGACGCAAAAGUCUUCGGAUGAAGACAGAUCCGUCGGUUGUUUACCAGAUAAAUUAAAAGCAGAAAUAGCUAUACACGUACAUUUAGAUACAUUAAAACGGGUGGAAAUCUUCCAAAAUACAGAGGCUGGUUUCCUGUGUGAAUUGGUGCUUCGUUUGCGUCCGGUGCUCUUCAGUCCUGGUGAUUAUAUAUGCAGAAAAGGAGAAGUUGGUAAAGAGAUGUACAUAGUAAACAGAGGGAGGCUACAAGUUGUCACAGACAAUGGAAAAACCGUACUAGCGACUCUUAGAGCUGGAAGUUAUUUUGGCGAAAUAAGUAUUCUGAAUAUGGGAACGGCUGGAAAUAGAAGAACCGCAUCCGUACGUUCUGUGGGAUAUUCUGAUUUGUUUUGCCUAUAUAAACAAGAUAUGUGGGAAGUCCUUAAAGAUUAUCCUGCUGCCAGAGUUCGACUGGAGGCUAUUGCUGUCAAACGUCUAGAGAAAUAUAAAAAAGAACCUCUGCGUAAAAAUAACUUGGCUCCACCAAUAUGUCCAAGAACUAAUUCUGUGGCAUUCUUGACCAAUGUUGCAAUGGGUCGCAGUCGCAGUACUCCCGGCCUUGUUGAAUCUCGUGGUAAAAUACCAUUGGAAGAAACCCAAUUAGGCCCAACAGAUGUUUGUUCUUCCACAGCAACUAUGUUAUCCGAAACUGAACCUCCCGUUCCUCCAAGAGAUACCAAUAGUCCUUCAACAAUGCGAAGACGUCGAGGAAGUAGCAAUUGUAGUGCCUGCAGUCGAACCAGUAGUCAACAAGAUGAAGAUAGAACUAACCAUUACUACGAACCUUUGGGAAGUAUGCCACAUAUAAUUUAUCCACAUAAUAUGCAAGCUUAUCCCUUAGAACCAGGUUUGGAUAGACGACUAGUAAUUAGCAGGCCUUCAAUUUCACAGACUAAUCUGCUAUCCCCGAUGCCUUCUUCUCCUUAUUAUCCUCAAUCUCCAAUUCCAACGACGCGAGAAGUAUCGCCACUUACAGAUUAUAGUCCUAUGAGUGGGGAGCAUCAUCAUCAUCAUCAUCAUCAUCCUUAUGCGCUUAUGCCUCCCCACUUUCCUCUUUCUAUAUGUGCUCCACCGGCACCUCCACCACCUCCUACAUUGCAAACUAGUCAAAUGCCCAGAGAAUCCAGCCAAGAGGCCUUACUGGCUGAAAUCAAAAGACUUAGAGAAAGAUUGGUCACCCUCGAAGCUGAGAAUGCAACGAUGAGUGUUAAACUAAGCCAACAGCAAUGGGAAGUAGAGAAUAGAUUGGCAGAGAUAGAAAUGCAGAUUUGUGGAGGAACUAACACCCAGAUACCUACUAGUGGUGGUAAUAACAGUAACGGUGACGAUAAUGAAAGAAACAGAGAAUCCAUUAUAUGAACUCCCUGCACAAUGAUGAGAUAAUUUUCCAUCUGUGAUUGAAAGAAACAAAAAUUUUAAUGGAAAAAAAUUUCAUCAAAACAUAAUUCUGUGAUAAUAUCUAUGUUAAUUAAUUGUGCAAACUUGAUGUUUGACUCCUACGAGAUUCCUGCCAAUCAGAUCUCUAAAAUAUUAAGAAAUAAAGGAGAAAACAAGAUAAAUUUAUUUAUCUGAAUUAAAUAGUCCAGGAUAAAAAAAAACUAUAAAAAAUUUGUUUUGAGAUGUCUAGACAUAUCAUAGGUGAUUAAGUAUUGUUUUUCUUAACAUAUAUACAUAUAUAUUUUAAUUAUGUUAAUAUGUUUAAAAUGCACAUUUACAACUCUCUUUCUCCUGUUGCUGAAUUUAUUUUCUUAUUAUAAAAAGUGAGCAUUUGUAUUGUACGUAAUACGUAUUUUUAGAAUUAUAAAAUAUUCUAUUUAUAAUAAUUUAAGAUUUGUAAAUGAUUGGAGUGUACAAUCUUCAGAAAAAUGAAGGUACAGUACCUCUGAUU